AUGCCGGUGACCUUCGAGGAGGUGGCUGUGUAUUUCACUCAGGGGGAGGGGGCUCUGCUGGACCCCGCUCAGAGAGCCCUCUACAGGGACGUCAUGCAGGAGAACUAUGAGACGGUGACCUCGCUGGUUCCCCUUUCGCCUGGCACAGGGAACGACUCGCGUCCGGAUUCUCUCUCUGUCCCAGCAGCUGGCAAGAUGGUGAGUGAGAACGGGGAGGAGAAUCCACAGCAGGAAGGCCUUGGACAUCAGAGAACCCACACAGGGGAGAAAUCCUAUAAAUGCCUCGACUGCGGGAAAAGCUUCAGUCAGAGCUCGCUUCUCAUUAGACAUCAGCGAACCCACACGGGAGAAAGACCCUAUAAGUGCCUCGAAUGUGGGAAAAGUUUUAGUGACAACUCGCACCUCAUCGCCCAUCACAGAAUCCACACGGGCGAAAGGCCCUACAAAUGCCUGGAGUGCGGGAAAAGUUUCAUCCAGAGCUCCGUUCUUGUUGCCCAUCAGAGAAUCCACACGGGGGAAAGACCCUAUCAAUGCCCCGACUGUGGGGAAAGCUUCAGUCGGACCUCAGAGCUCAUUGUGCAUCACAGAAUCCACACGGGCGAGGAACCCUACAAAUGCCUGGAGUGCGGGAAGACUUUCAAUCGGAACUCCAACUUCGUGGUACAUCAGAGACUGCACACGGGGGAGAGGCCCUGUAAAUGCCGGCACUGUGGGAAAAGCUUCAGGCAGAGCUCCAACCUGAUUGCGCAUCAGAGAAUCCACACGGGAGAGAAGCCCUACAACUGCCUAGAAUGUGGGAAAAGCUUCAUUCAGAGCUCACAGCUCAUUACCCAUCAGAGACUGCACAGGGGGGAGAAACCCUACAAAUGCGCCGAAUGUGGGAAAAGCUUCCUUAAGAACGCACACCUUGUUGCGCACCGGAGGAUCCACACGGGAGAAAAACCCUAUCAGUGCCUUGAAUGUGGGAAAAGCUUCAAUCAGCGCUCCCACCUUGUGGCGCAUCAGCGAAUCCACACCAAAGAGAGACCCUAUAAAUGCGGCGAGUGUGGGACAAGCUUUGUUCACAGCUCCCACCUUAUCGUGCAUCAGAGGAACCACAAGGAAGAGAGACCCUAUAAAUGCCUCGAGUGCGGGAAAAGCUUCACUCAGAGCUCGAGCCUGAAUGUGCAUCAGAGAACCCACACGGGAGACGAACCCCAUAAAUGCCUCGACUGUGGGAAAAGCUUCGAUUACCGAUCGCACCUUAUAGUGCAUCAGAGGAUCCACACGGGGGAGAAACCCCAUAAAUGCUUCGUCUGUGGCACAAGCUUCAUUCACAAAUCAAACCUGAACGCGCACCAGAGAAUCCACAAGGGAGAGAGACCUUACGAAUGCCUCAACUGUGGGAGAACGUUCAAAUCCAGAUCAAACCUUACCAGGCAUCAGAAACAACACACAGGAGAGAAAUCCUAUACGUGCACUGAGUGUGGGGAGCGGUUUGUUGAGAACUACGGCCUUAUUAAACAUCAGAGAACCCACACGGGGGAAAAACCCUAUAAAUGCUUUGAAUGUGGGAAAAGUUUCAACUGGAGCUCAAACCUGGUUGCACAUCAGAGAACGCACACCGGCGAGAGACCGUAUAAAUGCUUGGACUGCGGGAAAAGCUUCAAUCAGAACUCAAACCUCUUUCAACAUCAGAGGAUCCACAGGGGAGACAAACCCUAUAAAUGCUCCGACUGCGGGAAAAGUUUCAUUCAGAGCUCCGUUCUUAUUACGCACCGGCGAAUCCACACGGGGGAGAGGCCGUAUAGCUGCCUUGUCUGUGGGAAAAACUUCAACUGGAGCUCAGCGCUUACUGCGCAUCAGAGGAUUCACACCGGAGAAAAACCUUAUGAAUGCACUGGCUGUGGGAAAAGUUUCAGCCGGAUCUCCACCCUUGCUAGACACCAGAGGCUGCACACUGGAGAGAAUCCCUACACAUGCACCAAGUGUGGGAAAAGCUUCAGUCGUAGCUCAAACCUUGUUUCCCAUUGGAGAAUCCACACAGGAGAGAGGCCGUAUAAAUGUAGCGAGUGCGGGAAAAGCUUCAGUCAGAGCUCUAACCUUAUUUCCCAUCAGAGAAUUCACAGGGGAGAGAGACCCUAUAAAUGUCUGGACUGUGGGGAAAACUUCAACCAGAGCUCAGAUCUCAUCACACAUCAGAGACUGCACACGGGAGAGAAACCAUAUAAAUGUAUUAAGUGUGGAAAAACCUUCAAUCAGAGCUCAAAUCUUAUUUCACAUCAGCGAAUUCACAGUCGAGAGAGACCCUAUAAAUGCCUGGAGUGUGCGGAAAGUUUUGACUGGAGCACCCAACUUCUUAGACACCAGAUAAUCCAUACAGGAGACGGACCCUAUAAAUGCUUGGACUGUGGGAAAAGCUUUAGUGACAGCUCAGCCCUUAUUACACAUCAGCGAACCCACACGGGAGAGAAACCCUAUAAAUGCCUUGAGUGUGGGAAAAGCUUCAACCAGAGCUCCACCCUGAUUAGACACAAGAGGACUCACACGGGAGAAAAGCCCUAUAAAUGCUCAGACUGCGGGAAAAGUUUCAAUCAGAGCUCGAACCUAAUUACGCAUCAGAGACUCCACUUAGGAGAGAAACCUUGA